UGGGUGGAGCCGGUGUUGGAGGAAGUCUCUCUCUUUCCUCAUAGAUUGGUGAACAAUCUUGCCUUCAUUUCCCAGACAAACAAUGAAGGGCUCUUCCAGCUCUCCUCUUGUUUCCUACGAGACACUCGUGCAUGCCGUGGCUGGGGUGGUGGGUAGUGUGACUGCUACAACAACAUUUUUCCCUUUGGACACUGCAAGGAUUCGACUUCAAGUUGAUGAAAAACGUAAAUCCAGCUCCACGCCUGUGAUAUUGGCGGAAAUUGUGAAAGAGGAAGGAUUAUCAGCUCUAUACCGUGGAUGGUUCCCUGUUAUUUCUAGUGUUUGCUGUUCAAACUUUGUUUAUUUCUACACAUUCAACAGCCUGAAAUCGAUGCUGGUAAAGGGUAAUGCUAGGGCCACGCCAGGCAAAGAUCUGCUGAUGGGUUGCAUUGCAGGUGCUACUAAUGUUUUCCUAACGACACCAAUGUGGGUAGUCAACACACGAUUGAAGCUGCAAGGAGCAAAGUUUAGAAAGGAGGAUAUCUAUAAGACUGAGUACAAAGGUAUUCUUGAUGCUUUCCAGCAGAUCAUCACAAAUGAAGGUGUGGGAACCCUCUGGAAUGGGAUCCUACCAUCCCUUAUCUUGGUCUGUAAUCCUGGAAUCCAGUUCAUGUUUUAUGAGGGUUUGAAAAGGAAAGCAGGCAAAGCAGGGAGACGGAUACCAUCCUGGGAAAUAUUUAUGAUUGGAGCCAUAGCAAAAGCGAUUGCCACAACAGUGACCUACCCUUUGCAGAUUGUGCAGGCUAUACUACGGUUUGAACCAAAUAAAAGGAAGUCACAAAGUACAUUUCAGGAGAGUGCCCAUAAGGUUAUUAGUCUGAUAUCUGAAAGACUAAAAAAAGAUGGUUUCCCAGGACUUUACAAAGGUCUUGAAGCCAAACUUCUUCAAACUGUUUGUACUGCUGCUCUAAUGUUCCUGGUCUACGAGAGGAUUGCAGGGAUUACCUUCAAAAUCAUGGGAUUAUCUAAAAUGGCCAAACACUAAAUCAACAAUUUAAAAUGCUGACCUGUGAGCUGCAGGGAGACCAUUGCACAACUGGUAGUAAGGCUGGGUAACAUCACCUUGUUUCUUGAAAUGAUGUGUUAACAAUAGAGAAAACUGCACAAUUAAAUUAUAAGCCAUUAUAUUUAGUUUGCAAAGCCAUUGCAAGAUUGUGAAACACAAAUACUGAAAGCUCAAAGUACUUUCAAAGACAGAAUGAUCUAUACUGCAGUCAUGAGGCUAAUUUACAUUUUACCCAGGGCAACAAGGCUGGAAGAAUGGAGGAACUCUGUUUGUAUACAGGACAAAACUUGGUUGUGGGUGUUGGGUGAAAAAGUGUGCACUUUAAGAUGAUGUUUCCAGUCAGAAUGAAUGUAAUUUGUGACACUGGCUCUGUAUUUCUAAGUUACAUUUUUGUUACAUGUCUCUGGAGGUAGUGCAACCCAGUGACUGAAAUGGAGUUGUAGUGAAGAACUUCCAUGGAGUGCUAGUUUCCAGUGUUAAGGUGGAUAUUGUUAAUAAAAGGGGAAUGAAUAAAGCAUGCUGGCUCCCAGCUCGGAGGCGCUUGAUUGUUACUGUACGUAGACUACUAUUUCCACAAAUUAGAGAAGUUAUCUAUGGAAGUUGUACAUUAUUGAAAUUAAAUAAAUAAGUGUUUCCAUGGC